AUGAAGUUGUACAUCCUGCUGAUGCUGGCCCUGGUGGGCUGGGUUUGCGCCGCCGCCGCCAGCGAGGAGGAGGCCGACCGCUUCAGUCGCACCGACCGCGAUUAUCGACCUCUCCAGGUGAGAUUUGACCUUUUUUUUUUGAGAUUUUUCCAAAAAAAAUUUUUUUUGUUCUACCGUAAUCCGAGCCUUAUUUUGGAAAAAAUUUUCCAUCUAAAACAAUUUUUUUGACGAAAAAUCUCAAAAUUACUCUAAUUUUAAUCAUUUACCAACGUCUUUUUCCCUUUUUUAUCAUCAAAAGGCCUAAUUUUCAUUGCACAGUGCAAAAAGACAAAAAUUUUUUUGCACGGUGCGGCCUUUCGAAGCGAUGACCAAAUUGCACAGUGCGGUGGGAAAAGUUGUCGCAACUGAAAAACGCACUGUGCAAAAAGACAAAAUUUUUUUUGCACGGUGCGCCCUUCCAAAACGAUGACCAAAUUGCACAGUGCGGUGGGAAAAGUUGUCGCAAAUCAAAAACGCACUGUGCGAACUUUCGAAACGAGCUUUUCGCACGGUGCAAGAAUGUGCUUUGACUUUAUUUUGCACUGUGCGGAUGGGAAACCCAAAAUUGGGUAGAUCGCACAGUGCACUUCAUUGCACGGUGCAAAAAGGGUAAAGAUUUCAUUGCACGGUGCGGCCUUUCGAAGCGAUGAUCAAAUUGCACAGUGCGGUGGGAAAGCUUGUCGCAAGUCAAAAACGCACUGUGCAAAAAUUCAAAAAGAGCUUUUCGCACGGUGUAAAAGUGUGCUUUGACUUUAUUUUGCACUGUGCGGAUGGGAAAUUCAAAAUUGGGUAGAUCGCACAGUGCAGCUGCGACGCGCACAGUGCAAAAAUCAAAAAUAGAGAAAUUGCACAGUGCAAACGUGAAACUGGCGAAACCGCACUGUGCAUUUUAUUUAAGUCCGUUCGCAAAGUCGCUGGAGUGAUUUUUGCGACAUGCACUGUGCGAAAACAAAACGUUUUCUUUGCACUGUGCAAUUCUUGUUUUUUGCACGGUGCAAUAGACUUUUUUGGGAUGUCGCUCGCGAUAAGACUUUUUUUCGCACAGUGCACGUCGCCGAAAUCACUCCAAUUGACUUUUUCUGCACAGUGCAAACGUCAAACUGGUAAAAACGCACCGUGCAUUUUGUAAACUCGCCAAAAUAUCACCGUAUCCCCCCUAAUACCGUAUCCUAACCCCCGAAAUUUUGCAGUUCGGCAAACGCGGCGACUUCCGACCCCUUCAAUUCGGCAAAAAGGACAAUUACCGGCCGCUGCAAUUCGGGAAACGGGCGGCGGUCGUGAACCACUACCUGGACCUGCUGCCCAUCGACGAGAUCGCCAACUGA